CAGCUGUGUAUAGCAAGCGGCGCGAGACAAUUUGCAUGUGAGUUACGUCGCUUAGGUGUGCUCUAAUAGGAUAAAAAGGUGCUUGCGCGAGACUUGUCUGUCAAUAAGUUACGGGACUGCUAGAGAGAGACCCAUACACACGGAAUGGACAUGUCAACGUUGAGAACAGCCUACACCAUGUGUAACGUUCUACUGGUAAUACUGGGAGUAACGCUGUUAUCACAAGGUACCAUCGGUCUACCAUUGCAUACAGAAGAGCAAGGACCACUUCUUUCGCUACUGACAGGGAAACAACACCCAGAUAUUUAUGAUAGACUCCUGGAAAAUUAUAUGAAAACAUUAGAAACACGGGACGAGCCUUACAGUGGAGAGUAUGUAGUGCCAGAUAAACGUCUACGACAGGGCUGGAACAUAGCCUAUGGAAAACGACGAUCCAACAAGUGGAGCAUUGCUUAUGGCAAGCGAGAUCAUGCCUCUCCGCUCGAGUCUGAAGGUAUCUUCUCAGAUGAGGUGGUGUGAACCAGUGAAUACCAGUGCAUGAAGAACGUUUUCAGUGUCGUUAUGCUGCAUGCCACCCCGAAGGAUUCUCUACCUCCUCCCCGGUGCAUGCUAAGACUGGUGGUGUUAUCACCUGUCAUGGAUGACAUUCUCUUUCUGUGGACGUCUUCAAUAUCUAGCUUCACUUGGGAACAAAACUCUGCAUGUCAUGUUUUUCGCAGCUAAAACCUAUGUACUGUCUCCUGUGAUCUCCCUUUACUAGGAAGGCCGACUCCUUUCGCUCAGGGUCUCACAAGUCAAUUGCUGUUUUACAAACCUAUACUGAACUACUCGGAAUUUCCAAAACCUGAAGUCAACAUAUCCUCCGAGUGGUUAAUCUUCAAUAUAUAUAUAUUAUAGUAAUAUAUAUUUAUAAGCGAUGUCGUCUUCAUUUCUUUGUUUCAUUCUUUAAAUAAGAAUUUUGCUGUUCUUGCCAAUUGGCAAUGUACUUGAAAUUCUGUCUUCAAUUUUGAAUGAAUUGUGUAUACAAACAAUACUUCCAGGCAUUGUUCUACAUUAUCUGUGCAUGCUUUUCUCUUGAUCUGAUUGAUAAAUAUUUUCAAACCAUCCAUGGCAUGUAUCUUUUUCUCUACCGCAUGAUAAAACUUCUGAUCUUUUAACUUUUCGAUAUGUAUGUUGUUUUUCAAUUCGACGCCAUUAACGUUGCAUUCUAUCGAUGGAAUUUCUUCAACUAAUAACUGAGUUGUUUUCCAAAGAUGCUAAAAAAACCCUCUUUGAUACAAACUUUAUAUCAAGAUAAGUAUUAAUUAACAAAAAAAGCAUGUAAUUUUGUGCUAUUCCAUAGUGUAGGUGAUCUCUUCCGGUUCUCAUAGGCUUGUCCAUUAAGUGGUAAACCUGAAAUGUCUCUGUCGAGGAGAGAUUCGAAUAAAUAUCUUUCCAUA